AUGAGCAUCCCUCGCAUGGCAUCUUCAUUCCCAUACCUCCUCGACAGCCUUCUUGCACUCUCGGCUUUACAUCUUGCUUCUGUGGAGGAUGAGAACCGAGCUUCAUGGCUGGAUACUGCCUUGAACUACCAGGGCCAAGCAUGCUCUGGGUUGGGUAAAGUUAUUUCAGACCUCUCUCCGCCAGAUUAUGAGCCAGCAUUUGUGGCUUUCAUCUUUAUUCUUAUCCUCGCCAUGGGACUCAAAGCUAUAUCCAUCCACAGUCAACCACCGGACCCUGUCUCGGUGGUGCUCGAAGUUCGAAACUUGAUAUCUGGGCCAGCUAUGAUUUCCUCCCGAAUCCACGAAGCUGGAGGUGGUAGCCAGCUAGAAGGGUGGUUGUGUGCACCUGAAACACAGGAAAGUCUGGAGGCCGGAGAACAUUCCCAUGGCAGUGCCCCUGAAGAAGAUAACAAGAAACUCUUCCGUCUUCAUGGAAACAUUGUCGCAUCACUCAACCAACUACUAUCCACCAUUGAUACGAAAGAAGACUCGAAGAAAGAUACCUAUCGAGGCACAUGGCAGCUUCUGUAUCAGGCCAUCGAGCCAUGGCCAAAAAUUGGAGCGCAGGGAGGUGUUAUUGCAUGGCCCCUGUUCCUCAGCGACGAGUUUUGCUCACUUCUUCAAAACGGCGAGUGGAUGGCUCGCAUUUUAUUUCUUCAUUAUGGUCUUGCUAUGCGUCUUAUGUGUAAUCGUUGGUACGUGCGUGACUGGGGUCGUCGGCUGGUCAUGGCCACUUUGGAACCGCUGGUCGAGAUUCCUCAGGAGUGGAAUGAUACUAUCGCGUGGAUUGGAAAGGCGGCCCAGGGCGAUGAUUAA